GUACGGAGAGUACUUAUACGAGGAAAAGUUUAUUUAUUUGGACUCCAACAACAGCUCUCCCCUCCCGUCCGUCCGUGACUGCUACUAGCCCGUUGCUUCUCCUCCGCCCCUCUCCUCGUCGCAGUGCUCUGCCUCCACAUCCACCACCGGCCUCUCUUAUUAACAGCACCCCUUGGAGUAUCCCCAUUGUUUGAAAGCACAACAUACACAAAGAGCACUUGCUUCGGACUUUGGGAGAAGAAGGGGAUUCCAUUGGAGAAGGAGGCCGAGAUUCAAGAUGGGAGAAUUUGCUCAGGGCCUAGGUGUUCUAUUGGAUCUUGUAAGAUUUGAAGUAGGCCUAUUUUUCUUGGCCAACGGCAUUGCCGUCAUGACAAACCCAGCUAUCACCUAUUCCAUUUAUCAAAACAACAACAGCACCACCUCCCAAUCUCAUGGAACAGACCCUUUGUCUUUUGGAAACACAACCAACUGCGAUAAACCCGGCAAGCCCAAGCACUACACCCAUAUAGCCAACCUCGAAUUUUACUUAGCCGUGUGCACGCUUGGCUUGAUGGCGUUAAUCCAAUUAAUCAAGCAAGCAGUUGAUGCGGUCGAAGAGAGGGAAAAAUUACAAAUCGCAGCUGACAUCCAAUCCGCCACCCGAAUCGCCAAUAUAGCCCAUGAAGAAUCCAUUGCAGCCAAACAAGCACUUGAAGCCGCUGAAAAAGCCGCUGCCGAUGCCAGGGCUGACAGCGACCAGCGGCACACAGCAUACCAGAAGGCGUUGAAGGAGGCGCGGGUGUUGGUCGCUGACGCGGCCGCCGUAGCUGCUCUGGAACAAGAUGCGGUGGCUGCUGUGCGGAGGCUUCGGGACAAAGAAGCUUUCGCUAUCAGCCUCAAGAAAUUCCGCGACGGCGCCCAGGACCUGUACGCAGAUGCUCUUGCGAAAUCCAUGGCCGCUGGAGUCCCAAAAGGUAUGGCCAGAUUAGCGAAUCCCCAAAGGAAAGUUCUCCGCUUCUUCGUUCUUCUCGCCAAUGUUCUUUCCGGUUGGUGUUCCGUACUUGGCAUUUGGACAUUCACCGAUGUCAUCGAUUAUAAGUUAGGAUGCAGGGAGGCAUUCAAAUCUCCUUCUAUGAUAGUUUCGCUUGUCAUUCUCGCCAUUAUAUUGGUCCUUCUACACGUGCGGUUGAUUUUCAUAGCCGCAAAGAGGAACUGAUGUGAGGGAGCCAAGUGUAACUGAACUCUGUAUCCUAGUAGUAGUAUUUGUUUUCCCUGAGCCCGCAAGCCGUGGGAUGGCACGGCUUAAGUUUCUAUUCUAUUUUACUAUGUUGUAACUGUGUUAGUGUUGUAACUGUAGUGUCUUGUUGUAACUGUGUCUUGUGAGAUUAAUGAAGUCUUUGUUAUCGGGCUCC